UGGAUAACCUGGAGAGGAGCUGCCCGGACCAGGAGGAACCAGGGCAUCCACAGACUACAGAACUGGAGGAAGACUCCAGCGGUCAGGAGAUGAAGCACGAGGACGUAGAGGUGAAUGUCUCAUUGGUCAAUGUCGCAGAUGUGAAAGUUGAAAAUGGUGAACCAGGACCAAACUGUGGCCAGCUGCUGUUGCACACUUCUCCUGAAGCUCAAAACAAAGAUGAGGAAGGGACUGAAAGUUUACGCUCAGACUCCAGUAAAACUGCAGAUCCGGAGCCAAUGAGACGACACGGUGACCACGAAGAUGCUGCUGUCCCGUCAGACAGCAACUGUAAAUCAAAGCUGACCAGGACCCACACGGGGAAGAAGGUAUUUUCUUUCAGCACUUGCAGAAAAGAGUUCAGUAAAAGUCGUAUUUUAAUGGAUCACAUGAAGAUCCACACUGGCGAAAGGCCGUACCUGUGCAACACCUGCAACAAAACUUUUACUAGAUCAUCAUCUCUUAAACGCCACAUAACCAUGCACACGGGCGAGAAGCCCUACAUCUGCAAAACAUGUGGAAAAAGUUACAGGCUACGUUCCCACCUGGUGGAUCACUCGAGGAUCCACACGGGCGAGAAGCCCUACAUCUGCAAAACAUGUGGAAAAAGUUACAGGCUACGUUCCCACCUGGUGAAUCACUCGAGGACCCACACCGGUGAAAAGCCGUACCUGUGCAACACCUGUGGAAAAACCUUUACUCAAUCAUCAAAUCUUAAAAGCCACAUAACCAUGCACACGGGCGAGAAGCCCUACAUCUGCAAAACAUGUGGAAAAAGUUACAGGCUACGUUCCCAGCUAGUGAUUCACUCGAGGAUCCACACCGGUGAAAAGCCGUACCUGUGCAACACCUGCAGCAAAACCUUUACUAGAUCAUCAUAUCUUAAAAGCCACAUAACCACACACACGGGCGAGAAGCGAUAUUUGUGCAAGACGUGCAACAAAGGUUUUAACCGCAGAAUUGAUUUGCUGAGUCACAUGAAAAAUCACCCGGAGGAGAAGUCUGGUGACUCGUGACAAAUGAAGCUCAUGUUGUCGUCCUCCGGGGGCAGCUGUCCACUCCUGUCUGACCCACAGAAGAAGAACCCGCAGAAGUCCAACCACCACCUCCUGUUGCUGAUGAGCCUAAUCCCCUCCCCACAAGGGUUGCAGGUUUAACCCGGAUUUAUGCUUCUCCGUCAACUUGGUCAACCGACGCAGAGGGAACGAUGUGGUUGUGUACUU